CUCGCGUCUGCUUUUUGCUGAAAGAUGCUUUCUAUAAAUUUAGAAUAUUGAAGUGAAAUAUAAUAAUUAAUGGUUGAAACUAUGUCUGGAGGAUUAGUUGAAAAAGUAUACAUAGGUUUGGACCACGCGCCAGCCGCCUUCGACAUAAAAGGACGUAUUCUCGGACCAAAUGGGACCAACAUAGAAUACAUCCGCUCGGAAACGGGCGUGCUAGCCGUGCUGAAAAGUGAGAAAUUUGAGCCUCUGCAUUUAGCUCUGCAUCAUACGAGGUCUGAAGCUUUGGCAGCCGCUCGGUCGCUAGCGCUGAACUUGAUCGAGACUAUUCGUGCUGAACUAGCUCAGUGGAGCGCACAGCAGGCCGGGGGCCCUCCGCCGCCGUUGAAUGUGCCGCCACCCACACUGGCGACCACGACUGCACCGCCGCCCGUCCCGCCUCCCGUAGCCACCGUGGCGCUCUCUACACCCUCGACGUUAACGUCCCCAGCACACCAGACAGUCAUCCCACCUGUUGUCAGUGUAGCUCCGGCCACAACUCCACUAAUGACAGUCAGACAACCCACAGUCCUACAACUUCUACAACCCCAGCAACAAUAUGUCCUAAAUCAGGAGAAUGGACAGCUAAUACCUAUAGUGCAACCUGGGGUUCAAGUAUCUAAUGCGGCAAACUUUACCCAUUUACCAAUAGCACAACAUCUAGGUUCAUUACAGCAGCCUAACUUUGGUGGGACCCAAAUUGUAGAUUUAUCUAGCAUGCAGCCAGUUAAUGUGACUCAGUUACGGUUGAGUGGUGUGCCAUCUUCCAUGUCAAUGAUAUUGCCGAAUGGGUUGUCAUUUCCUCAAGCUAGUUUGACAUCGUCUGACACAACAACAGUGAGUUCAGCGACUGCUACUCCUGUAGUUUGUGCGGCUCAGAGCACAAAUGCGUCUCAGAAGAUCUUGUACAGCACGGACAAGGGAGAUAAGGAAGUGAAGUACCACAUCCAAGGAGACACGGUGCAGUGGGCGAUGCCAGGGUCGCAGACCAUGUUGAUCCCAUACCAGCAGUUACAGGACCUGACUGCUAAUCAGGCAUUGCCCAAUUUACAACCUCAACAGUUUGUUUCAAUAGCACCAGCAGGGGGCUUGCCUCAAACAUCGCUCCCGCUGUCCGCAGCUCAGUUUCAGCAACUCCAAGCAUCUGGUACCAUCAUGCAGCUUAAUCAGAAGCCAAUAGUGAGCAGUGGAUCACUGAUAAAUAUAAUAUCCACUGGGCAGGCGUCGUCACCCCAGGUGUUAUCUAACUCAUCGACACCCACAAAGAAUAUGAGCCAAGAGAGUCGAGGGCAGAAGAGAUUGUCUGACGGAACACCGAGUCAGUUGCAGCUACGACCUAUUGCUCCCGCUGGGUCGCAGGGCCAGGACAAGGGCUCGACCAGAGACUCUCGCACUUGGACAACAGCAGCUAGAGACAACACGGUCGUCAGUAUGGGCAUGAAGAUUAACCCGGCACACGGGACCAUAAUACACGUGUCUUCUGGACAGCAGACUAACGUGUCAGGCGCAGCAACGCAAGAGACCGGCAUGUACAUCCGGCAAAUGGACCGCAACGCCAUCCAAAUACAGAGUAAAGACAAGCAGGACCCCAAACUACAGAAUCAGAACGUUCAGAUGAUAACCGUGCCCCAAGGCAUGACGGUGUUGCAGAACCCCCUCAACAUCUCCCAGAUGCCCAUGAUCGGCCAACCGAACAGCCAGGUUUAUAUGAUCCCGGCCAACCAACCUAACAUAGUACAAGGAGGACUCCCUCCGGGCUUAAUAGGCCAACAAGUAUUGCAGCCCGGACAAAAUGUCACAGUCAUGCAGCCUAAUCAAUUAAUGCCUAAUGGCGUCCAGUACAAUAUGCCCUUAAUGCAAAUGAAUUUACCACCUAACUCCCACUACAUGCCUGCUGGAAUCAAUUUGAACACCCAGCUAUCAGCCCAGCAGCUAAACGCAGCUUUAGCCGGACAACAACUAGCUAACCCUAAUUUAGCUGUGUCAGGAACUAUUCCUUUAGUCCAAGCACCCCCCUCAGCAUCUCCAAUGGCUCAAACUAACCAACCGACCCAACAACCAGUCCACCAAAUAAUGCCUCAGAAUUCCACCUUCAUCACUCCCACUUCUCAAUACGCGGGCAUGCCAGCUCAGUACAUGAUGCAGACUAAUUCUGGAGCGAUAGUACCAGCUAAUCCAGCUAAUAAUCAAGUGCAGUACACAGUUCCGGCCAAUCAGAGCGCGAAUCCAACGCCGAAUAACGGCAACGGCCAGUCAAAUACGCCCACAGAAAACGAAUCCACCAAUGGGACCAAUCAGACGAAUUACAUAACAUCAUCUUCGCAAGAAAAUUAUACAAUUACACAGAAUCAACAGCAGAUGAUGACCAAUGACGGCGCAGCGACGCAGACGUUGACCAAUCAGCAAACUCAACAGAGUUACACGACCAAUGGCAGCAAUCCUCAAACGUAUAACGUGAAUCAGACAACAACAACACAACCAGCGUCAUACCAGCCUACAAACGGGUCAAAUCCGCAGGCGAAUACUCAGAAUUACGCUGCGAAUACCCCUAUAUCUCAAGCGCAAAACUAUUCACCGUCAACCACGCCAGCACCUAACCAAAGCUAUCCAGCUACGAAUCUCCCAAACAUGCCUAACGUUGCCUUCCCACCGAACCAAACCCCUAACCCUUACCCCAACGCUACAGGACAGAACAUGGCAGCUUACGCUAACAACCAGUAUCAGUACACUAGUCGUCCCUGGUUUAGACCUAGGUAUGGAUCUCCGCAGGGCUCCCCGUACGGCGCCGGAGCCCCGACCGGGCCUCCGAUGCCAGUCCCCCCGCCCACUGGCAACUAUAAUUACUGGCAGGAUAGCUGAGAGUUGGAGAAUAACGUCUGGGAGGAGGGACAAUCCUUACUGUGAUUUGAUCAAAUGCAGUAUUAACGUAAGGAUAAUGUACAGAAACUCAAAUAUUAACGAAAUAGGUCACAAUAUAAAUAUCUCCGAAAGAGGUCCACUGCUGGACAAUGGACUUACGAGAAUCUCUAUACAAAGCGUUGCAUAGCUUUUAGACAGAGAAUAUGAUGAGCCAAUUCUGAUGUUGAUGAUGAUUUUAUUAAAAACCUAUCUAUCGAUGUCGACGGUCAAUGCUCUGUGUGAGCAGAACAAAGAUAAAAUCUUAUGGGUGCGAAAGAAGUAGAAGAUGGCGGGUCAAUGUACGAAAUUCUUCGUGCGUGAACUUUGGUAGAAGAAUCGAACUUUUAAAGAUUACUUGGAUUGAAAUAAUUUGUAGAAUAGUCGUCUAUAGAGUAUUAAAGUAUCUCGAUUCAAACAGACAUAUAAAACUAUCCACCGAUUGUAAAUAAUUGGAGUAUUUUUAGUUUUAAGACUUGGGACACUUACGUGAGCAGACUGCUUUAAUAAGGAAAAUGUAUACAUGAAAUGUAAAGAGAUGAACGUGUAAAUAGAAAUAAAUAUAAUUAUAAAGUAUAUUUCUUAAA